CUUCAGACCCUCGGGGUGUGGGUUGCCUAGGGGAGAGGGGGCUGGCUCACCAGGAAACCGUGUCUUCGUCAAGCUGGGCCGGAUCUCCGGCAGAAGCAGAAGCCCGGUGGCGGUGCUAGGUGCUCUCCAGAAACCACAGACGCUCCUCUGCGCAGAGGCUGUCGGCGGAGCGGAGGAAGGGGGCGUGGACUCCACGGAGCAGCAGUGCUUUCGAUCCUCCGGUCGCCGCUUACUGGUCCGGGACGCCUGGGCCAAGGAAGCCCUUGAGAACACUGAAGUUCCUGUUGGCUGCCUUAUGGUCUACAACAAUGAAGUUGUGGGGAAGGGAAGAAAUGAGGUGAAUCAAACAAAAAACGCCACUCGGCAUGCUGAAAUGGUGGCCAUUGAUCAGGUCCUAGACUGGUGCCGUCGACACAGCCACAGUCCUGCCGAAGUGUUUGAACACACCGUGCUGUACGUCACCGUGGAGCCGUGUAUCAUGUGUGCCGCUGCCCUCCGCCUCAUGAAAAUCCCGCUGGUCGUCUAUGGCUGCCAGAAUGAACGGUUCGGCGGUUGUGGUUCCGUCCUAAACAUUGCCUCUGCUGACCUACCCAAUACCGGGAGACCGUUUCAGUGCGUCCCCGGAUAUCGUGCUGAAGAGGCCGUGGAGCUCCUAAAGACCUUCUACAAACAAGAAAACCCAAAUGCACCCAAAUCAAAAGUUCGGAAAAAGGAUUGUCAAAAAUCUUGAUGUUCUGAUGAAAGACCGGUGCCCUUUGGAGACUUGGACAGAACUCCCGACUGAGAGCCGUUGGCCUUGCUGGUCAUGUUUAUAUGUCGUUGUUAUCAUGUGGGAACAUGGUGUCUCUUGUCA